AUGAACAAACUACCCACCUCCACGACGGGAAACACAAUUAUAUGUGGUGAUUUAAAUCAUGUGCUGAGCUCCCACGCGGAUACGUCCCUCCCUAACACCUCCCCGCGACAUUCCGCAAUGAGGACACAGAGUAAAGCCCUACACCAUCUACUAACAGAACACAACCUAUAUGACACCUGGCGCAUGCUCCACCCCAUGGAAAAAGGGUUCACCUACUUCUCACAAGUACACAAGUCGUUCUCCAGAAUAGAUUAUGCCCUGGU